UGUUUACAUUCGUGUCAGGGAGGGAAAGAAAAAAUAAAAGGAGUGCCAUCAAUAUUUGCUCUGGUGAAGCAUCCCAGGUUGCGGGACAGCCAGCGCUCGGGGUAGCGAGUAACGGGAUCGGCUUCGACGAGAUGGGCAGGAAGCUGGACCUCUCCAAGCUCACCGAUGAAGAAGCCAAGCAUGUUUGGGAAGUCGUUCAGCGGGACUUUGAUCUGCGGAAAAAAGAGGAGGAACGGCUGGAGGAGCUGAAAUGCAAAAUCGACCAGGAGAGCAGCAAGAGAGAGUUCCUGACCAAUCAGUCCCACCUCAAUGAAACUCACUGUGUGCACUGCCUGCAACCCUUCAAGUUCCUGCUGAACAGCAAAAGGCAGUGCCUGGACUGCCACUUCUACACCUGCAAGAACUGCAGCCGCUACAACAAGAAGGAGCAGGGCUGGGUCUGCGAUCCCUGCCGCCUCUCCAGGAUUGUGAAGAUUGGCUCCCUGGAGUGGUACUACGAACACGUGCGCUCCCGCUUCAAGAGGUUUGGAAGUGCCAAAGUGCUGCAGUCCCUCUAUGGCAGGCUGCAGCCAGGCCAGGGGCUCAACUCUGCCUUUCUGGGUCUUCAUGACAGAGUUUAUAGCCUGCCAGACAUUAACAGAGAGUGCCAGCUGCUCACCAGCUGUGAUGCAGGGGAUGACAGUGAUGAGGAGGACAGUGUCCUCCGUGGAGCUGAAGCAGAGCGCUACAGCAGGAUGUGCAAGACAAAGCGGCUGCUGUCUGUGCAUCCCUUUGAUUUCGAGCUGGACUCGGAUUACUCUGCUCAGUCUCGCCGCCAGUCUGUGCAGCUCUCUCCAGCAGCCAGCAGCCCGGAUGCUUUCCAGUCCUUCCCAGAUUUCCCCAACUCAGCUGAAGAUGGCUCCCAGGAGUCCAGGAUCACAGAUGCAGACCUGGUGUUCCACCAUGUCCUUCAGGAGCCAGGGGUGAGCGCUCCAGAGCAGCACUUCAGCACAGAGGUUCGGCUCACCCUCAACGCACGCAGGAGGAGCCUGGAAAGGAACCCAAAGCCUGGCAUGCCGUGGAGCGAGCCGCCCCGGGCCCGGUACUCAGCAGACAUGGACACCUCUGAUGAGGAUGUGAAGGGAGCUCAGCUCCCGGCCUACCCACCCCACAUGAAACGCCGGAACAGAGCCUCCUCCCAGGAGAACAUCAGCCACUCCUCAAACCAGAUCCAUGAGCUCAACACUCGCAUGUCCGCAAUCGAACGCGUGCUGAACCGCUUGGAGGAAAAAAUCCUGACACGCUCUGACGAGUCUGCAGCCCCAGAGUCCCACACUGAUCCUGAUGCUGAGGAGGAGGAGUUGAAGAGGAAGCUGGAGGAGCUGGCCAGCAACAUCAGUGAUAAAGAAGUCUCUUCUGAUGAGGAGGAGCGUGAAGAGAAGAGAGCAAAGAAACCAGAGAUGAGUUCCUCCAGUGAUGGCAUGGCCAGAGAUGUAAGAAAGAGGUCGUCGGCUCAGGCUUUGAGCGAGAUCACGGCCAAAGCGCUGAGAGCCAUAAACGCCACGGAGGAAGCGGUGUGGGAGUGCUUGCACGGAGAGAGCCAGGGCUGUCCCCUCCCUGCAGGGCAGCUGCCAGGCCUGGCAGAUGGGAGAGAGGUGGCCGAAGUGUACCGGGAGCUUGAGGAAAACGUGUACCUGACUGCUGGGAAGACCUACCAGCUUGAGAAGACCCUGAAGGAGCUCGAGGAAGGGGCUCAACACAGCGGCACUACGGACUCAGAGCUGUCAGAGCUGGAGGACAAAGUGGCCUCAGCAGCUGCUCAGGUGCAGCAGGCAGAGAGUGAGAUUUCGGAUAUUGAAUCCCGAAUUGCAGCUCUGUCUGCUGCAGGGCUGACAGUGAAGUCUGUGGAAAAGGCAAAGAAGAAGUCGAGUGUGGAGGCUGCCUGUCUCCAUUCUCCUGCCAACAGCAGUCCUGGGGAGUCUUUGGAUGACAUUAAAGCAAUGCCUGGACUGCAGAGGUUCAGGAGGAAGUUCAACAGCCCUCUGGAAAUCACCAGUUUUGACGACUCCUUUGAGCGGAACUCGGUGUACCGCGGCUCGCUGACGCAGAGGAACCCCAACGGCAAGAACAGGAGGGUGGAGCGGCUCUUUGCGAAGCCUGUGAUGACCCACCUGUCCUGAGGUGAGGGCACCUCCCUGCUACUGCAUUUCAGUGAAGAUACAAGACCUCAGCAAAGCAAAGCCUCACAGCCUUCCCUGCAGCACUUUCCUCCUUCUCCUGAGCCCCUCUCUCCCUGAAACCCUGGACAGAAAGGAAGCCAGAGGCCAUGGGCAGGAGGCCUUGCUGGGAGUUGAUGGGAAGAGGAGCAAAGCACGGGGGUGCAGAUAUGUGGCCAGGGGCUCUCGUGGGAGAAUGCUGGAAUGAGACCUUAGGUUGGGGCAGCUCUUUGGUCCUGGGUCAGCCAGGGGGACAGAGAGGUGCAGAGCAGGAGUGACCUCCUUGAAGGGAGCUGGAUGUGUCAGUGUGACAUCCAGCACAGGAACAGGGACAGGGACACAGCCCUCACUUGGCAAAAGCUGCAGUGCCUGUCCCUGCUCUCUGCUGCUGAGCAGGGAUAGGAGCUGACAGUGAGUGUGGAAUGCCCUUGGGGUACCUCAGGUAGAAGAGGGGCCCAGGCAUCCCAGUGCUGGGAUUCACAUCCUGAUGCUGGUCCCAAUUCCCUGCCAUGUCCCAUGGAGCUUUGCUUCCCUUCCCUGAGCAGCAAAGCAGGAUGAGAGCAGUGCUGGUCCCCUCCCAGAGAGCACCUGCUCUUUGCCCCAAGCCAUGCAAACACCUGCUGAGGCUUUACCUGCCUGAAGCAGCUGUGGCCACCUGGGGAUGGGAGUGAGGUGAGGUCUGAGGGAAGCAGUGCCAAGAAAAAUGGGAGGAAAAGCUGAAGGGCUUGUUUGGGAUUGGUUUGCUUUCCAGCUCUCUCCGCUCCAUGUGAGGCUGUAUCAGCAAGCAGCAAGCAGAGUGCAGGUGCUGCUCUGCUCCACAGAGGGGUCAGCCCCUACCAAGAUGCACUUGGUGGAUGAGCAUGUCCCCUGUCCCUGGUGAUGGCAUUGUAGAGCCUCUUAGGACCACCCCAUCCUUUGGGGGGCUGUGAUGACCUUUGGGGGCUGCAGCAGCUCUGGGCUCCUGGUGUCACCCUCCCCCAGCUCCCCCAAGAAAUUUGUUUUCCUCUAAUAUUCAACUCUCCACAUCCUCUAGGCCCAGUGGAUCAGUGCCAGCCCCAAAUCCAUGACCAGAGCAUCAGGAUGGCAGAGGGUUGCUUUCUCUUGCAGGUCACUUUGGAAGAGGUUUUUUGCUCAGCCCCCACUUUCCUCCCUCCUUCCUUCUCUCCCUCCCCAGUGGGUGAAGUGGGGAGGAUCUCACAGCUGGAGCAGGGAGUCAGACCAAUGCUUAAUCCCCUCCAUGGCCAUCCAGACUGGAUCAUUUUAGGAUCAUUUUAGGCAAUUCCUGUGCAUCUGAGCUAAAAGCACUUUAAUUGCUAGCAGUAGGGUGAAUUCUCAUGCAAGUAACACAUUUGUUUGGCUUUGGUAGUAGUAGAGGCUGCUAACUGCCUAGGAAUUGGUCCUGUGCUCAUCCCAGAGAGUAUUGUAAGUCCAUAGUCUGGGCUUCUCAGCUGGAAACAAAACCAGUUUCUUAAUUUAAAAUGAAAUCCUUGUGGCCUGAAGCUCAGAAGGGUAAGUGCAAACCUCUGCUGUCACAGAAACUAUCCCAGACACUGCAGAUCCAGCUCAUGGUGUGCUGGGAUGGCAGCUCCUUGCCUGGAAAAAGGGAGCUCCACCAAGAUCACCCAAAGGGUUUGCACCCACCCUUCUGGCAUCAGGGUUCAGCCCUCACCCCAGCCCCAUCUCUUGCUUGUCUGGUUCCAGCCAUGACUCUAGUCCUUCCAUGCCUGGCCCUGUGAAGGAAUCCUACAGGGAACCUCAGCAGUGCAGACCAAGGCGUCGCUCAGUAGCCACCCACGUUGCUCUUUGCUGGUUUCCUGACCCAUUUGCCUGUGUAGAUUUUAAUAAAUGUACACUAAAUCAUGCAAUAAAGCCAAUUUUGUGUCCACAACUACC